GUUGAUUUUGAAAAUAUCCUUAAUGUCAUACAAAUUGUAUGUAUAUAGGUGUGGAAGAAUAGAAUCUGAGCGUCAAUUAGAGAAUACCGUUGGUGUUGAGGAUCGGGCUGAUGAUGAACAUAGAGAUAGUUCAUUUAACAAUGAUGAAUAUAGUAGCAGUGAUGGUGAAAUAGGAGGUAGAAGUGAUGAAGAAAUUAGUGGAAACGUGGACGACGGUGAGUUUGAAGGAGAAUUUGAAAUGUCCUCGACGGAUGAGAGUGGAGAAGAGGAUUGUGAUGCAGAUAAGAUAAACAUAAACUGUGAGGCGGAUAUUUUUAAGAUUGAUAUGAAAAGCAUAUCGGUCGACGUAGCUGCAAGAUUGUAUUUUGCUGAUCUAGAUAUUGACCUAAAAUAGUAUUAUCAUGACUCUUUACAAUUCC